AUGUCUGGUUAUGACUCACAUUUCAUAAUAAAAUCUUUAGCUGCAAAUUUCAAAGGUAACAUUGAAAUAUUACCAAUCAAUAAAGAGCGCUAUAUUUCUUUUACUAAGCAUGUUGAAAAAACAUGUGUUAAUCUAAGAUUCAUAGACUCAUUUAAAUUUAUGGCCUCGAGUUUAAAUAAAUUAGCAUUAAACCUAAAAGAUGAUGAUAAAAAGAUAAAUAAACUUCAUUAUGAUGACCCAGAAAAAUUUAGAUUAGUGACUAGAAAAGGGGUUUUUCCAUAUGAGUACAUAAGCAGUAAUGAUAAAUUAAAUGAUAAACAGUUACCUGCAAUUCAAUAUUUUUAUUCUAAAUUAUCCAACGAAAAUAUAUCAGAUGAAGAAUAUGCUUUUGCUCAAUCAAUAUGGAAAGAAUUUAAUUUAAAAACAUUAGGAAAAUAUUCUGAUUUGUAUCUUAAAACUGAUGUACUUCUAUUAGCUGAUGUCUUUGAAAAUUUUAGAAGUAAUUGCUUGAACAUAUAUAGUUUAGAUCCGUUACACUAUUAUACAGUUCCAGGACUAGCUUUUGAUGCGAUGUUAAAAUAUACUGGUGUAGAAUUAGAAUUACUACAUGAUCCGGAAAUUAUGUUAUUCAUUGAAAAAGGUAUCAGAGGUGGUGUUUCUCAGUGUACGAAUAGGUAUGCAUUAGCGAAUAAUAGAUAUAUGGGUGAUAAAUUUGAUACAAAUAAACCAGAAUCGUAUUUAAUGUAUUUCGAUGUUAAUAAUUUGUAUGGUGCAUCGAUGAGUAUGCCUCUACCAACAGGCUCAUUUGAAUGGGUUGAGUUAAAUUUCGAUAUAGAACAGGAAAUUGAUAAAUUUUUAAGUAAUACCAACGGGUUUGGUUAUAUAUUCGAAGUUGAUCUGAAAUAUCCGGAAGAAUUAUAUGAUAUACAUAAAGAUUUGCCAUUAUGUCCAGAACACUUUUUACCUCCGGACAAAAAGCAAACAAAAUUAGCAACUACUUUAUAUGAUAAAAAAAAUUAUGUAAUACAUUAUAGAAAUUUGAAGCAAUGUAUAGAAUUAGGAUUAAAAUUAACAAAAAUUCAUAGAGUUUUUAAAUUUAAAGAGUCAGCAUGGUUAAAACCGUAUAUAGAUAAAAAUACUGAUUGUAGAAAGGCGGCAAAAAAUGAAUUCGAAAAAGAUUUUUACAAAUUAAUGAACAAUUCAGUUUUUGGUAAGACUAUGGAGAAUGUUAGAAAAUAUAAAGAUGUUAGAAUAGUCACACGAUGGUCUGGUAGAUAUGGUGCAUCUGAUAUGAUUUGCAAACCAAAUUUUCAUAGUCUUACAGUUUUUGAUAAAAUACCUAAUAUAUAUGAAAUCAUCAAACGUGAUAUUACAAAGUUUGAUACCUCCGACUAUCCACUUAAUAAUAUCUACAAUAUACCGUUAGUUAAUAAAAAAGUAUUAGGUUUAAUGAAAGAUGAAAACAAUGGAAAAAUUAUGUCAGAAUUUGUAGGGCUUAGGGCAAAACUUUAUUGUUUUAAAAUAUAUAAUGCUGAGGAAGAUGAUAAGAUUAAGAUGCGUGCAAAAGGUGUUAAAAAUUCAACUUUGCGAACUAUCACGUUUGAUGAUUAUAAAAAAUGUCUAAUGGAUCAUAUAAAUGUAAAUAAAGAUCAGUAUAUUAUAAGAAGUGAGAUGCAUGAAGUUAAAACGAUGCUCCAAAAAGAAAAAUUAGCUUUAAGUUGGGGAGACGAUAAACGUCAAUUACUCGAAAAUAGUACAGAUACUUUACCAUGGGGUCAUGAAAUAUCAAGCUGUAAUGAAUCUUUAAUAUGUAAAAAAAACAGUUAA